UGCUCGCCAACCAUUUUCUCAACUUGUUCCUUCCGUCGUCGCUUACUCGCUUGUGUUCAGUUGAGUUCUUCUUGUGCUGUCAUUCUGUUUUUUGAAGGUAAAUGGAGGAUCAUUUUGUGCUUCAUGUGGACACCUUGCUGAGAGAAUCAACAGCUGCCGAAGGAAGAAAUUUAUUAGCUGAAAAAACAACCAAAAAUAACAGUAAUGGAACAAUAAAUAAGCCUGUAGAUUGCCGCAUUUGCCAUGAUGAGGAGGAGGUUUAUAACAUGGAAACUCCAUGCUCGUGUUGUGGGACUAUGAAGUAUGCUCAUCGAAAAUGCAUACAGAGGUGGUGCGAUGAGAAGGGAGAUAUCACUUGUGAGAUAUGCCGUCGGCCAUUCAUGCCUGGUUAUAAUGCAACACCCAAGUUAUUCCUGCAUGCAAGAACGAGCAUGAACUUGAUGACAACAGCACCAUUCUACCGAGAAACAAUACCAUCUGAAUUUAAUGAGCACUCCAUUUCAAGAAGCAUUUUGUACUGCCGUUCAGUAGCUUUGAUAUUUCUGCUGCUUCUGUUGCUUCGGGAAGCACUUCCUACAAUCAACAAUGGCUCAGGGCAGUAUUCGCUCCAAAUUUUCAUGAUGCAGCUACUAAGAAGUGCUGCACUUGGCCUACCUCUAUACAUAAUGCUGAGAGCAGUAACUACAUUCCAGUGUCGGCAACAGCAACUACUGCAGCAGGAGGCCAGUGAAAUAUCAAUUCAGGGCAGAACAUGAAGGUUAUAACAACUAUCACCACCAGCUGCAGACCAAAUAA